AUGAAAACAAUCUACAAUAAUGGCGUUAUUAUCUGCGGGGCCGCGACGCAGGAUGUAUCGAUUCCCCGCACCUGCAUGAUCGUCGACAACGACCGCAUCGUACAUGUGGGCAACGAUACAGAUGAAGCUGUCGUCCAAACGGGACAGGAAGAUGGAAUUGAAGUUGUAGAUUUGGAAGGACGACGAGUUGUCCCGGGGUUCAUCGAUGGCCACAUGCACCUGCUUCUCUUCGGAGCGUCUCUAUCCAAAAUCAGUCUGGACAAGUGCAAAAGCCUCGAAGAUAUCCGCGCCACCAUCAAAACAGCUGCCAAAGAGCGACCUCACGCGGAACGGCUAUUCUGCCGUGGCUGGAUGCAUUCCAUGACAGACGGCAAAGCGCUGGCUAGUAUGAUUGACGAUCUAGACUCGCGGCCUAUCUUUAUCGAUUCCAAGGAUCUGCAUUCGGCGUGGUGUAACACGCCUGCUCUGAACGAGCUCAACGUCCACGAUAUGCCCAACCCAGAGGGAGGCGAGAUCCACCGUGACGAGAGUACGGGAGCUCCCACCGGUCUUCUUAGUGAAGCAGCCGCCGUGCUUGUCGUCUGGCCUCACGUAGCCAAAGUCGCGUCGAGGGAGGAGAAGCUGUCGUUUAUCCGAGAAGCCGUCAGAGCAUACAACGCAGCCGGGUACACUGGGAUGGUGGAGAUGGCGACGGACGAAAACACCUGGCAAGCGAUGGCGGCGCUGCGCGAAGAUGAAGCGAAGCAAGGACGCAAAGUACCCAUUCGCCUCGCGGCACACUGGAUCAUCUCGCCCUCCAAGACGAAUGAGGAGAACCUAGCGCAGGUGGACCGGGCCAUCGAACUCCAUCAACAAUUCAAUUUGUCGACGUCUCCGGAUUUCCGUAUCACGGGCAUCAAACUGAUCUGCGAUGGUGUUAUUGAUGCGUGCACGGCGGCGCUUACAGAGCCGUAUUCUUCGAACGGGACGAACUGCGAUGCGCUCUGGCCGGCGGAUAUGCUUCAGAAAGUAGUGCAAAAGGCCGAUGCGGCUGGUCUGCAGUGUGCGCUCCAUGCCAUUGGCGACGCGACUGUUCGUCUAGCCAUCGAUACCCUCGAAACGGUUGGGACAGCAGGGAAGCGUCACCGUAUCGAGCAUUUGGAGUUGACGGCACCCGAGGAUGCUAAACGAUUGGGCGAUCUGGGCAUCACGGCGUCUAUCCAGCCUGUCCACGCUGAUCCGGCUAUCCUGCGUGCCUGGCCUAAGCUGUUGGGUCCAGACAGAGUCAAGCGAGCAUUUGCCUAUCAGGAUUUCCUAGAUCACAAGGCGCCCCUUGCUAUCGGGACGGAUUCACCCACAGCACCGCAUCUGCCUCUACGGAAUCUGUACACGGCCACGACGAGACGGUCUGCACGGGAGCCUGGGCUGACGACUACCGUGAACGAUCACUUUGCGCUAUCGCUGCUGGAUGCAGUAUCGGCUGCGACGGCGGGAUCAGCGUACUCGUGCUUUGCGGAUAAGAUUGCAGGCAGCUUGGAAGUAGGGAAGAAGGCUGAUUUUGUCGUGUUGGAUAUGGAAUGGGAAGCGGAGAAGUUGUUGGAUGCGUCGGUUUAUGCGACGUAUUUUGAGGGGGAGAGGGUGUAUAAAAGGGAUGCAUAA